CUGGGGUGGCUCAGACUCUGUGCAGCCUGGGGCGCUGGGGGACUCUGCUGGAGCUCUUCCUGCACCAUGAAGGAGACUCUGUUCAAGGGGAACUUCUGGAGUACCGAUUUAACGAGCACAGCUGGCUAUGACAGCAUCAUUCAACAUCUGAAUGAUGGCAGGAAGAACUGCAAGGAAUUUGAAGACUUUCUGAAGGAAAGGGCAACUAUAGAAGAAAAAUAUGGCAAAGAGCUCAUUAACCUGACAAAGAAGAAGCCCUGUGGGCAGACAGAAUUGAACACCCUGAAGAGAGCUCUUGAAGUUUUUAAGCAACAGGUAGAUGGUGUUGGGCAGAGUCACAUCCAGCUGGCCCAGACCCUUCGGGAAGAGGCGAGGAAGAUGGAGGACUUCAGGGAAAAGCAAAAACGUCAUCAGAAAAAGCUGGAGCUUGUAAUGGAUGCAAUUCAUAAAAAUAGGAAUUUGCAGUAUAAGAAAACAGUGGAGGCAAAGAGGCUGUAUGAGCAGCGAUGCAGGGAUAAAGAUGAAGCGGAACAGGCCGUGCACCGCAAUGCAAACCUUGUAACACAAAAGCAACAAGAAAAGCUGUUUGUAAAGUUGGCUCAGAGCAAGUCAGCUCUGGAAGAUUCUGACAGGCAAUAUCAGCUGAAUGUUGGUGCUCUUGAGAAGAUCAGGGAAGAAUGGCAGAAUGAACACACCAAAGCCUGCGAGUUCUUUGAGACCCAGGAGUACGAACGGAUAAACUACUUCCGCAAUGCGCUGUGGCUGCACCUUAACCAGCUCUCUCAGGAGUGCGUCCAGAGUGAUGAGAGAUACGAAGAAACCCGGAGGAGUCUAGAAAUGUGCAGCAUCGAGAAGGAUAUCGAAUUUUUUGUCAAUUUCCGUAAAACCGGAAGUAUGCCCCCAGCUCCUGUGGUCUAUGAAAAUUACUAUAACACACAAAGAAAUACAACUUCAACAAGAAAUCAGGCCCCAGCACCUGGGAUAGGGAGGAGGGGGCCAUUACCAAUCCCUGUGAGUGGGCCAGGUGACCCUGAUUACGCUACGAUUGAUGGUUACAGUUUAAUACAUCACUAGCCUGAGCUGGUCUCAAAGCUGCUUGCCCAGUAGUGCCACUGAGUGCAAAAAUUAGUCGUCUGAUCCACCCAUCAGAGACAGUGUAUUCAGUUGCAAUUCCAGCAUCGGGCACAGUGAUACAGCAUGGAACUGUUUCUUCUUUUAAAAAAUAUUUUGAAACUCUAGGGUAAUUAUUUUGAAUGUUUUGAGGAUCCACACGAGGUCCAACAAGGUCCCUCUUCCUUCACGGCGACAAACUACAUGGGCUGAUGUCUUAUUUUCAAGGUCAGAAAGGAGGACAUUGAAUCUCUGAAUAAUAUUCGCUGAUCCAAUGGAAUCUUCCCUAUCAAUAAGAGAGGCUUGUGUUCUGGUGUUGGUGACAGUUCUUUGUGAUGUGCAAACCUCAACAUCUGUGUGGAAGACUCUAAAGGAUUUAAAAAAAAAAAGAAUCUCUGCUCACCAUGACGACUGAGAAUUCACAUGUGCCACCAUCAUGCUGCCAAUGGGAAUUAUGUGCAGUGCUUUGGGCAUGCCGGGGCGUGUGCAUAGUACACAGGUCAAAGUAAGGUUUGGGUCUGGUACGCUUGAUUUUCACCAGGGUGAUUAAGAUCAUAGCCUAGCCCUAAUUGUGGGAGUGCUCAUUAGACUGCUUACUCAUGGCAACGCUGAGAGUUAGAACUCGAGAGGUAUUUAUAUGGCUGUACUGUGCAUUUGCUCCAGGCUACGCAGUGAUGUUGGAAGAAGUUGAUUCAUAUCUUGUCUCUAUCUAUCACGCUUCAGGAGCCUGUUUGGAUUACAU